AUGCUGAAAACUACAGUAUCUAAGAAAUUGAAAUUAUUAGAAAAGUCUAUAUACGACGAUUUAAUCAAAAAGAUUAAAGAGUUAGAUAUAGACAAAAAUACAUUAGAAAAAAUCGAAAAUGUAUUAAAUAAACCUAAGCGGAAACCACCUGUAAUUCCAUUGGAGAAACAAUGUGGUAAAUUAACAAAGAAAGGAGAAAGAUGUAGAAUAACCGUGUGUUACAAAAGAACAUGCUGGGCUCACUUAACAACUGCAGAAAAAGAAGAAUAUAGGGAAUUAAAUAAAAGCAUAUUGAUUUUGAUUUGA